UUUUAACUCCAGAUGACUUCUUUUUAGUUUAAGAAUCCUAAUAUCCAAGAUAGAAAUUAGUGUGUGUCUGUGUGUGGAGAUAAUGUUGAUAACAGUCAGAGAGAUUUCUUCUGCUCUCAUUUCUAGCACUAAUUUCAAGCAGCUACACUCUUUAAAGGUUAAUAGAGUAAUCCCCAUUUGUAAAGCCAGCAACCUCAGUUUCCAUAAAAAAUCCACUGCCCCAUCAUGGAAUCUUGGUCAUUUUCACUCCACAAACAGCUGUGAUAGUUCAGUAUUUGAUCCAUUGGGUAUCAAUUCAGGUAAAUCAUCCUGGGAUAAUUUAGUGAGCUUGCUCUCUCAGACAUUUGAAAGCUCCUCAAAUACUAGAAAAGAGAAAAAUUCAUCCGCUAGAGGGUUUGCAGCUGCAAUUGAAGAUACUAGCAUUGAUUUUGGAGACUUCUUCAAAGGCCCAUUACCAGGAAAAUUUCUAAAGCUAUUAGGCUUUUUGGCUUUGUCACGACUUGGGAUCUACAUCCCCCUCGGUGGAGUAAAUCGGGAGGCUUUUGUUGGCAAUUUGGAUGAGAAUAGUAUUUUAAGUACUUUGGAUUCCUUUUCUGGUGGAGGUAUAGGUCGCCUUGGAAUAUGCUCCCUAGGUAUUGUUCCUUUCAUCAAUGCACAAAUUGUGUUUCAACUUCUUGCUCAAAUCUACCCCAAGUUGCAAGAACUUCAGAAAAGAGAAGGUGAAGCUGGACGAAAGAAAGUUCUCCAGUAUACUCGCUAUGCUUCUGUUGGAUUUGCUGUAGUACAGGCAAUUGGCCAAGUAUUGUUCCUUCGUCCUUAUGUUAAUGACUUCAGUACCGAGUGGGCAAUUUCUUCUGUUGUUCUCUUGACCCUCGGCUCAGUAUUUACGACGUAUAUUGGCGAGAGAAUCACUGAUUUAAAACUUGGAAAUGGUACAUCUCUUUUGAUCUUUACAAAUAUCAUCUCCUACUUGCCAGCAUCCUUUGGUAGGACAGUUGCACAGGCAUAUCAAGAUGGUAAUUAUGUUGGGCUCGUUGGCAUCCUAGUCUCAUUCUUCCUGCUAGUCCUUAGCAUUGUAUAUGUUCAGGAAGCAGAGAGGAAAAUUCCGCUAAAUUAUGCAUCAAGGUAUACUGGCAGAACAGGAGGAGGACUUCAAAAGUCUGCAUACUUACCGUUUAAAGUGAACAGUUCAGGAGUAAUGCCGAUUAUUUUCUCUACAUCAUCAUUAGCCCUUCCUGGUACUUUGGCACGUUUCACUGGUGUAGGUUUCCUGAGGAAGGCUGCAGUAGGUUUAAACCCCGGAGGUUCUUUCUAUCUCCCGACAAACAUUUUGUUGAUUGCCUUCUUCAAUUACUAUUAUACAUUCCUGCAAUUGGACCCCGAUGAUGUCAGUGAACAAUUGAAGCGACAAGGUGCCUCAAUCCCACUUGUUCGACCGGGUAAAAGCACAGCGGCAUUCAUCAAAAUGGUACUUAGCCGGAUAUCAGUUCUUGGUUCUGCAUUUUUGGCGCUUCUCGCUGCUGGCCCCGCUGUGAUAGAGCAGGCCACACACCUCACUGCUUUCCGAGGCUUUGCAGGCACGUCAGUGCUUAUCCUUGUUGGUUGUGCUACAGACACUGCAAGGAAAGUGCAAGCAGAGAUCAUAUCCCAAAAGUACAAGAAUAUAGAGUUUUACAACAUUGAUAAUAAAUAUUGAAACAAGACUUCUGGUUAAAGCUGGAGAAAUGACAUUGUGUUACAUAAAAGAGAACAUAAACGCCACGACACAAACUUGAUCUGGACGUCAUCGACUCUACUUUCAAUUCCCUCACCCCCCUACUUUUCAUAAUUAAUUUAUUCUAGUUUCUUUGUAUUACUACCUUAGAUGUACAUGUUUCUUAAUCUGUGUAAAUGCAGGCAAACAAUUACCUCUU